GCACUUGCGCAAUAUAUUCCAAAGAGCCUGCGCGCAAAACAAAACAACGCAGUUCAUUUCGUGUCAAACAUUCGAAACAAAUCGUCAAAUAGAACUGUCUUGCAUCGUGGUUGUACGCGUUCGCCGUUGCUGCGUAACGCAUUCAUAAAUACGCGAUAGAAUUUAAAAUAACUUGUUGUGUUUCAAAAAGAUGCCUUUUAUUUCAAAAGACUGGCGUUCACCGGGAGAGGAAUGGGUGAAAACACAAGAAGGAUGGGAAAAGAAGAAAGUGUUGGAGUGCACAGCGCAAAGAUACGGUGAUAUAACUAACUUAAAUAACCCGGAAGAAAACCAACAGAAAUGGUCCGGUGAUGGAGAAGAGGGAGACAAGAGUACAAAUGAAGCUGUAUCUAGGAUACCACCGCACUGUCAUAUCACGAUUAAAUGUACUCGAGAAAUCGCAGGUUUCAAUGGCCUAUCCGAAGCCGUCCGUCGUCUAGACUUCUCCUCGGCCGUCCGCGAUGUUCGCCGCUUCAAUUACAUAUGCGCUUUGUUGGAGCUAUUGCUUCACGGGCAACGACUGACCCACCUGCCCGGGGCUGCUCAGAAACUCUUGCUGUCCAUGCUGGAGCAGUUAGCCGACCAGGUGGCGCAGUCGCAACAAAACCUGAACGCUCUCCGCGCUCUGCUGAGCGGGGUGAGUGCGCUGCGCGAGGCCGAGCGGCGGUCAUGCUGGGGCCGGCCGCUCGGCUCGAGGGCGCUGUGGGGGCACCACGACCACGCCAUAGCCAGGAUCCAUCACAUCGCCAGUGCCAUACGUAUACAAGAGCCCGGACCCGAGGUUGUGCCGAAACUUCACGAUCUACCAGAGGAAUGCAUUCGGGACAUCCUGUUGAGGUUAGCGGAUCACAGGGAUUUAGAUGCAGCGUCGUCAGCAUGGAGCGUUAUGUCGUCAGUAUGCUCGGAGCAGAGGAUCUGGCGUGAACUGGUCAGCUUUCACUUCACGAACCAACAGAUCGAUGCGGCCGUCGCCAAGAUCAAGGAGGACGAUAAAGAAGUCGAGUGGAAGAAGAUCUUCCAUCACCUCAGGAAACUGUACGGGCUGCGCGAGGAGGCGCAGUUCGCGGAGACGCUGUCCCUGUGCCGCCACUGCCGCUGCCUUUUUUGGCGCUCGCUCGGACACCCCUGCAUUGCCGACCAGUGCCCUGAAUACCGCGAGCGCCUCAGAGAAGCUGGAGGACCGUUGCCCCCCUCUCCCGUACCCCCCGCAGCGUUCCUCAAAUUCUUCUCGCUCUAAGAACUUAGAGAUUAAGAGGUAAACGAAAUCACGAUUUAAUUCAUAAAAUACAAUUCAAGAGUAUAAAGUGAAAUAUUGUUAUUCUAUACGUACAUACAUUCAUAAUCACCCCUUAAUAAUUUAAAUUGUAAGAACUAUGGUUGAAAGGUUAGAAGGCUUAAUUUAUACAUAUCGACGCUUGAAAGGCAAACGUGACUAAGCGACAAUAACUGCUUUAUACAUAAAUGAUAGGCAAUAACCAUAUUCGAUGCGCAAAAAAUAUAUAUUUCUAAGUCUAUUAAAAUCAUUUCAAUCCUACAGCUAGAUUCGUUAAAGUAUUAUUUUUUUCAGGUAUUUCAACUUUAAAUUAGUCUACUGUAAAGUUCACGCAUUGUCGCUUAGUCACGUUUGCCUUUCAAGCGUCGAAUUAUGUACAUUAGUAAUCACCCCUUAAUAAUUUAAAUUGUAAGAAACAUGGUUGAAAGGUUAGAAGGCUUAAUUUAUACAUAUGUACAUUAGCGAAAUGCAUCCUUAUUUUCGUAUGCUGAAAACUCAUUAUCCUUUAGAUAGUUCUCGUAGAAGUAGUUUGUGUUCAAUCCGUAGUACUUAGUACGUGUUUGUGCAUUAAAAAGGAAAGGGAACAAAAAAAUGAUGAGAUAUGAACAUACAGUACCCGGCGAUAAAUAUUGCACAUCGACCUUCGGAAAAGACAAUCGGGUAAUAUCGGCUUCGCAGAUCUCUGUCGCGCACUACGUAUUUAACGUUUAUCAGUCGUUGUGCAAAUGAGGUAGUGCGUGAUCAGACUGUACUCCGUGCGACAGAGACAACACAUCACGAAGCCGAAAUUCGCCGAUUGUCUCUUUCCAAAGGUCGAUGUGCAACAUUUAUCGCCCGGUACUGUAAAUGUUUUAAAAAAAGAAUUUAUUAUGACUGAUUACGAAGAUCUCUAGUACUGGCCUAUUUAAUAUGAAAUUACAAGACGACAUUAUUCAUUAUAAUUUAGUGAUAAAUUUAAUGUGAACAGAAUUAUCAAAAUUAUUAAUAUUCAAAACGGUUAAUUGAAAUUUGCUUGUGCAAUGACGUCACGUUUACAGGGUGCGACAGAAACGCUUUUUCUCUCUCUCUACUCUAUUUGAGGGACUAUUCCAGCUACGUACGGUUUGGUGGGUGAUCUCACGGCGCUCAACCUAGGAGGGCUUACAAAUACUAGUCCUAGUAACGGUGACCAGUGCUUGGAGAGCCUAAAAACACGGGUAGUGGAUCAGGAGGAUCCGGUACAACGUGCUUGGCGUUGCGCCGUCGUCUGGGUCGUGUAUAUAUUUAGAGGCGGCCCCGAUAAGAUGAUUAUCGUGCCGCGCCACUUCCUCGACGAAAAAACGCCUACCUUCAUAGUUGAGCGAUUUAAUUCGAAAUUGACUGUAAUCAAUACUUCACUACAUAGUAUAAAACAAAGUUGCUUUCUCUGUCCCUAUGUAUGCUUAAAUCUUUAAAACUACGCAACGGAUAUUGAUGCGGUUUUUUUAAUAGAUAGAGUGAUUGAAGAGGAAGGUUUAUAUGUAUAAUAACAUCCAUUAAAUAGUGGAGAAAUCAAUAAUAAAUUACAGUUUCCGAAGCGAAGCGAGGGCGGGUCGCUAAUACUAAAUAAACAAAAAACUUUUUAAUUCAUAAAUUUACUGUCAUAAAAAAACACAUUUCACCUGACUAAUAUCUACAGAUAACUCAUUGAAACUGUAACUGUUUAUGGUUCUAUCUAUGUUAAUGUCAUUAUUUUCGAAGUUUUUUUUUUUUUCGAGUAACUUUUAAAUUUACCGUAAAAAUAGUUUUAGUUAUGUUUACAACUCGCGUAAACCGAAGAAAGUACUAUGCCAGAUAACUAUUUAUGAAAAGAGUCGAAUGAAUCCAGUACGUGCUGGCAAAAAAUACUUUUUAUUUUUAAACUAAUGAGGUUUUAUAGGUUAUUAUUGUUAUUAACUUUUUUGUUUGUUUUGUGCGUGUGUCUUUAUAUCAUAUUAUUAUAUGUCGCGUUUGCUUGCAAAGUAAUUUUAAUUUAAUGCCGCUACAUAAUAUCACUGAUAUUUGAGUGAGAAGAAUGUGAGGAGUGGCUUGGUGAUAUCGACACAACAGACUUACUACUGGUAGCCAAAACUGCAAUUGACAGACUAGUAAAUAGCCCUAUAAUCUGCCUUAAUAAGCGACGUUAUUUUUAUGCUGUGUGUGGGUGUAGGAGCAUGCCUGAUAUUAAGUGGUAACCGGAGUAAAUGCCGCGAUAUUGCACCUUGAGAUGUGAGGUCGAACAGUUAAAAUGUCGCCUUAAUGUCACAGUCAGCAAUAGAAAGAAGUGUUUUGAUUUUUAAUAAUGUUACGCGCUAAAUAAAAUUUCACCAAAGUAGCCCGAAGUCUUUGCCAUUCCUAAUCAAGAAGCCUCGACGAUCGCCGAUAAAUUAGUACAUGAAGUUAUAGUGUACAUGUGUAUUUACACAUAAUUUAUAUGUAAGGAUUUUACUUAUACUUCAAUCUUAUGAGCAUUCGUUAAGUUCUAUAAAAUGACAUAUGAAGAUAGUGCGAUAUUAAAAUGGCAACUUAUUAGUGAAAAACAAUAUUUUAUUGUUGAAUUCUUGAAGUAGUUUGUAAUGAUAAUUACAGUCUCUUCACCAAAGGUGUGUGUUCAUGAGAAAUUGUGUUCAACAAAAAAAAAAAGGUUUGUUAAGGAACAUAGUGAUUGAUUGAAGCUACUGUAGUUAUUUUAGACUGUUAGAAUAUAUAAAUGCUUAAAGCUUGUACUGCACCGGCCCUAUCAAAAUAUCUAAACCACUAACUAAUAAGAAUGCAAAUUCUAAAAGAUUCAGAACCUUUUAGAAUUCAAAUAUGCAAUAAAAUUUUCAAUAAUGUUGAACAUAUUUUAUAUUCAAGAAUUCUAAAACCUUUUUGAAUUUGAAUUCAUAAAAAAAUAAGAAAUAUUUUUGGAUUUCAUGUGUGACCGAACCUUAGUUUAGUAAUAAAUCCAACAAACUGUAAUUAUGUUUCAUUGUCCUAUCAGUAUUAUAAUAAAUGUUAUUUUUAUUUUAAAGUUGUGCUUAUGAAAAUGUUGUUAUUAAAUAAAAUUAGCCUGUGUACGGUGAGUAGUAGACACAGAAAAGCUAUAAAAAGAUGUCACAUGUGACAAUCUUAUGAAAUUGAUGAGCCAAAUAUUUUUUUAAUACCCGAGACAUCCGUAUAUUGGAACUACAUACAAAACUACAGAAUAUAUUUGCCCAACGAAAACUUAAAUUCUAAAGUAAUAAAAAAUAUACAUGUAUUUUUUUAAUCAUAUUCUUCAGUAUUUUUGUCGGUCUUUCUCGAAAGAGCUGACCUCUGUCCAUUAAGCCUAAAUCUUCAUAAGAGUGUGUUAACCGCUAUGGCUGGCAUAAUAUUGCCGUUUUUUGAAUUUUCAUCAGUAAUCAAUCAUUAAUCGGCGAAUUAGAAAAAAUGUUCACGGUAGCAUUGUAGCUAUUGAUAAUGUGAUAUUUUAAGUUACUUAUAAAAAAUAUAAGUUUUUCUAUAGUCUAUAGAUGCUAAGUUUAUUGUGGAUUUGUCAAAUGAACAAUUUGGAAUGUGAGAAAAUAAAUUGAGGCAUUGGUAUUUUACAUUUCUGGUGAUACACUAAUAUCACAUUUUUCCGUUUUACCUUUAAUAAAAACAAACGAUUACUUAUAUGUAAAUUUUGUUUUAAUUAUGAAUAAAAUUAAUUAAUUUGCACUGUUUUUAGUGUAUAAUAAGUAACUAAAAGUUUGCGGGUAGAUCAGCAUUUUUCUAAACAAUUUUUUCAUCAUUUAUAUUAACGCUUUUGUGGAUGGCUAAAUACACCCACAGAAGAUUGAAGUAUGUACCUAGUGUAGGUAGGUAUAUUUUCUGUACAUUCAAAAUUGAACAUUUGACACGGCAUAGUCUGUAUUGAACUAAAAUGUAGAUUAGUAUUAAGCAGCUUAGUACGUAACCAAGUCAUGUAUACUUAAUCUGUGAUGUAAAAUGUUUUUGUUUUUAUCUCUCACUGUAGCUCGAUACAAAGGAAUUUGCUUUCAUGUUUGUGUUCUCACUUGUGUAUUCACAUACAUUAUUACUAUUUAUAUAUAUAAUAAAGUAUUUUUAAUAUUGUUCUACAAUAAA